AUGUCUGGAGCAGCCCGCAAGCGAGGUGCCGGUCGCGCGACUAGGGGUCAGCAGCCGGCCGAGACCUCUUCUCGUCGUGGCGAUCGACUUCAAGUUCCUGGCGGCGGCUUUGAUGGGCCUGCUUCUCGAGGAAGCGCCUCUCAGUCUGGUCCCGGUUCUGCAGGUCGCGGUGCGGCCUCCACAGCUCCCUCUGUCGCAUCAGGUGCUGGUAGUCCCAGUGUCUCGCAAGGCGGCCCCGAAGAGCAGUCUCAACCUCGUCGCAGCAGUCAGUCGGGCGGUGCACCUCCGCAAACUCAAGGGACUGUCCUUCGAGGGGAUCCAGCCCAAGACAGACCGUCCAGAUUCACGGAUCAGAUGCGAAAUGUCGAUCUUCCAGCAUCGUUCUACAACAUUGAUCAGCUUAGUGUCGGGCUAUUCAGAUCGGCCGUUCAAUGUCACUUGCCCUUUUGA